ACUCACAUGUGGCGCACGCGCGCCUUCGCCGUCGCCGUGUGGCUAAGCAACAACCGCGGAGCCGACGUCCCUCAGCCGGAGCAGCACACCGAAAUAAAACACCACACGGCCGGCGAACGACUGGAACCUGCGUCGACAUGCCUCCGAAGAAACCCGUCCCGGCCACGGGGAACAAAAAGACCCAGGAGAAGAAGAAGGAAAAGAUAAUUGAGGACAAGACAUUUGGCUUGAAGAACAAGAAAGGGGCCAAACAGCAGAAGUUCAUCAAGAACGUUACUCAUCAAGUCAAACAAUCAGGACAACCAAGACAGGGGGAGACGGAUAAGACCGGCAAGAAAAUCGACAAGAAGAAAGAGUUGGACGAACUCAAUGAGCUGUUCAAACCUGUUGUCGCUGCCCAGAAAGUGGCCAAAGGCGUCGACCCAAAGUCGGUGCUGUGUGCGUUCUUCAAGCAGGGUCAGUGCACCAAAGGGGACAAGUGCAAGUUCAGCCAUGACUUGUCCAUGGAGAGGAAAUGUGAGAAGAGAAGUCUCUACGUGGACGAAAGAGACGAAGAGCUGGAGAAAGACACGAUGGACAACUGGGAUGAAAAGAGGCUGGAGGAGGUGGUCAACAAAAAGCACGGAGAAGCUGAGAAGAAGAAGGCCAAAACACAUAUUGUGUGUAAACACUUCUUGGACGCCAUCGAGAACAAUAAGUACGGCUGGUUCUGGGCGUGUCCGGGAGGGGAUACCUGCAUGUACCGGCACGCCCUGCCGCCGGGCUUCGUCCUGAGGAAGGACAAGAAGAAGGACGAGAAAGAGGAGGAGAAGAUUUCGUUGGAGGAACUGAUAGAAAACGAGCGUGCAGCUCUGGGUGCCAACGUGACCCGGAUCACCCUGGAGACUUUCCUGGCUUGGAAGAAGAGGAAAAGGCAGGACAAGGUGGACAAGGCGAGGGAGGAGAUGGAGAAGAAGAAGGCCGACUUUAAGGCUGGGAAAUCGCUAGUGGUGAGCGGACGUGAGGUGUUCGAGUUCCGCCCGGAGCUGGUGGACGACGACGACGACGAGGCAGACGACACUAAAUAUGUCGAGGAGGACGACGACGACGACGAUUAUCAGGAAGAGAUCAACACCUCAGACGUCCAGGACAUAGACUUAUCUCGUUUCGUCCCACAAGAGGUGGACAACACAGGCAUCACCGUAGCAGCCACGGACCGCUUCGCCUCUCGGAAAAAUAAAAGUCGAGCGACGGAUGUGAACCCCGAAGAGCAGAUGAACGGAGCAUGCGGCGGCGCUGAGACCAACGGGCUCUCAGGGGCAGAGGGAGGCGGCGAGGACGGAGAAGGGGAGGAUGAAGAGGAGCAGGAGGAAGACGAGGAGGUACCGGUGGACGAGAACCUGUUCACGGGUGAAGAUCUGGAGGAGCUCGACGAGGAACUCAACACACUGGCGCUGGAAGAUUGAGAGAGAGAGAGAAAGAAGGGAGGAGGUGGAGCGUUGGGACGGACUAAGUGUCAAAGGGAUGGACUGACUGAUGGAUGCAUGGAGCUGAACAACAAAGUGACCAGAUGUGUGAAUGAUUUUAAGUUUUCAGAGACUCCGGUAAUAAAAAAAACUAUAUCAUGACAUCACUGCCCUCCUCUCACAUCCAACCGAGACGAUCGGGCGUCCACAAAAUUUCCAACACCACAUGAAUGUCGCUCGUCAAAGUUUCUAUCAUGAGAUAAUUUGGCUGCUGCUGCUGUUGUUGUGCACUUUUUUGUUGCUCAACGCUGAUUUCACAUUGAAACUGAAAUUACUUUUGAUGAAUUAGGCUUUGAAGCGUUUCUCUACCCGAUCAGUUAAAUUGUGGGGGAUUUGCUGAGUGAGACAUUACACAAGGGCUUCAAAAUAAAAUGAAAGCACUAUACCAGAGAGAGAGCUAGCGCUGUGUUUGGAACCUGCCUCAAUAAAGUUUAAUAACAUUACCGAUGAUGUGUAAGAAGAGAUUUUGUAAAACCGAAUGUGGGGAAGUGAACAGGAGAGAUUCUGUUGUAGGAAAUAAAAAAUCUGUUCAGUCUCAGCUGCUCUCGUACCAAAAUAAAAGCCGUAGCUGAAGCAGUUUUUAAUCGAGCGGAGGUUGUUUUCAACCUUAAGAAAACCAUGACUUAAUUUCGAUGUAAUAAAAAGCUAUGUUGAUCAUUACUUUUUUUUUUUUUUAAGAAAAUUCCAGACUGACAUCAGCUGGUGUUUCCGAGACCAGAUCAGUGCUAUGAUUCAGCCGACAGCAGGGAAACCAAAUGAUCCCAUUCAUUAAAACAUCCCAGUGUUGUAAAUAAUGUUCUCAUGAGUUGCCUCCUGAAGAAAUAAAAGAUUACUGUACAUCCA